GAGGUCAUCGCCGGUAUUACGCCUGCUGAGUACGCAGCAGUGGUAGCAUUUACAUCGGAAGAGCGAGAUUUCGAAGUCAGAGCAAAAUUCGUCUACUUUGCCGAUACUCAAGAUCUUCACAUUAUGCCCCCACUUCCCGUUCACGAACAACCAGCCGCACACCUUGCAAAGGCUAUCAAUAAGUUCAUGGAAGCCAUCCCUUACGACAAACUCUUGAUUGACAUCACUAUGCAUCUCAAUCACCGUAUCCAAAACAAGGACUCUAUGAACAUUCCAGACUUACACCUUACUGUUACAGCACAACCACCAGAGGACAUGGAGUCAGAUGAGAUAGUGGUGGCAAAGUCAAUUUCUAAGUGGGUUGGAGAAUGUGGACUUUCCUCCGAUAGGAACUGCAUGGUGCGCAAGCUGAGUAUCACAUGCGACGGUCAUCGAGACAUCGAUUACGCUUUCGUCAUAUCCUUCGAAGAGCGAGUCAAAUGGCAACAGCCAAAAGAAGACAAUAUCAUCGCACAACAACUUCGCUUGGCUCCUGCAUUGGAUUAUGAGGAUUUUAUCCCUUCGCGUAUCAAGAAAAGCUUGAGGUUUGGUCCGGUGGAUAUCAGAUCUCACACUUGGAUCGAUAUCAGCCAGAUUCGCUACAGCAUGCACAAGCGUGGCAUGGACGGUCACUUCAAUUUCAACAACAAGAAUACUGCUACUUUCGCAGAGGGGACCCUUUACCCCAUCUUGCAGAUGGAUGACGUUGAGCACAUGUUAGAUGAUGCUGCUGAGAAUUUGAAGGAGUAUAUCAUAUCGUUGAUGGAGGGUAUGGGACUUGAGCAGUCUGCAGUUCAGAGUGCGCGUGAUUCCCGUCCCAUGUUCGACCCCGUUUGGGGGGCAGCUACCAACUCUAUCUCCUUGGCGAUUUACCUUACAGCUUAUUGCCACUACUUAGAUUGGCGCCACCACAAAUACGACAAGCACAAG